AGAACGGUACCGCUUGCUUGCACAUGUGCGUGCAUCGAGAUCGACGGCGCUAGUGAAAUAAUUUUUUGUUUGCAGACGUUUUCAUCUGUUCAGUAGUCGAGCUGCGGAAGGAAGGAACGAAGGAAGAGCGAGCAGUAGACGUCUGGAGCGUUUGCGCGGCUUGCGUUGUCCAGCGCCAUGCCACCACGAAAAAACGCCGAUGCGCAUCGCGCUUUGGAGCUGUUGGAGGAGUACCAUGCGCAGCUCAAGGAUUCCAACGACAAGCCUUUGCGAACGGCCAUUGAGAGAAUCAUCCGAAUCUUUCGCAGUCGCCUCUUCCAAGCACUGCUAGACAUCCAAGACUUUUACGAUGCCACACUUAUGGACGAUGACAAAGCGUCCAGGACGAAGACGCAAGAGGCGUUGGCCAUGGCCAUGCGGUGGGAGAAACAGUCACCCAUGCCCGGCAGUGAUCGCAACAAGAGUUCGUCGGGCAGCACCAGCACAGCUGACUCGGCUGCCUUGACCAACGGCAGAGAAGACGAUGCUCCUCCUGUUCCACCGCCUCCUGCCACGGAGGAAGAUGAGCCGGCACAGGUACGGAAGCAAUCCAUCGAGCAUGCAGACAGAGCCGACCCAGCUGACUUCCAAGUCACAGAAGUUCAGCCAUCAUCGCCGGUCGAGGAAGAGUUUGAGGAAACGGUCAUCGUUCUGAACAAGAAGCCGGGCAAGGGUCUGGGAUUCAGUAUUGCUGGUGGAAUCGACAACCAACACAGGCCGAAUGACAAUCGGGUGUACUGUACCAAGGUCUUGCCGAACGGCGUCGCAAAGGAGGAUGGCCGUCUUAGAGCCGAUGACAUUAUUUUGCAAGUGAACGACACCGUGCUGGAACUAGUGAAACAUUCUGACGCUGUACAGGCACUGAAGGAUUCAACCAACACUGUCGUACUGCGCAUCCGGAGGCCGCGUGGCGGAGUAGCUUCACCUGGCCACGAUUCUCCUGACCAUGUUGCGGUGGCCGUCGUUUCCUCGCCCGAACAGAAAUCUCCUGCGGGAGUUAGUCCUGUGCCUGUCAUGUCGCCUGGACGACAGACACCACCCUCACGGGUGAAGGUGAUCGUCCUGGAGAAGGGCUCCAGAGGUCUCGGUUUCAGCAUUGCUGGCGGUAUUGGAAAUCAGCAUGUGGAGGGUGACAAUGGCAUCUACGUUACAAAGGUUAUUCCCGGUGGUGUUGCGGAGGUUGAAGGCUCUUUGCUGGCCAAUGACAAGCUGCUUAAGGUGAACGACACUGCCCUUCACGACGUCACUCAUGCCGAGGCCGUUCAAUCUCUUCAGAGAGCGUCCGGCACGACGUAUCUAACCGUGGAAAAGCCCGACGGGGAUCCGCUCAACUUUGUCACCCCUUCUUCUCCAGGUGUUGCAUCUCCUGCUCGUCAGCCUGGCUCACCGGGACAUCCAAGCGACGCCCGCAAGGUUACGCUACAGAAGGGAGACAAGGGCCUAGGAUUCAAUAUUGUAGGCGGAGAAGGAGGCGAAGGAAUCUACAUCAGCUUCAUUCUGGCUGGUGGCGUGGCGGACCUGAGUGGGCAGCUGAAGAGAGGAGAUCAAAUUCUGGAGGUGAACAGCACAAAUCUCACAGAUGCUAGUCACGAGUCGGCAGCUCAGGCAUUGAAGGGCAGUGGUAAAACAGUGGGCCUGGUCGUGGCGUAUCGCCCCGAAGAGUACGGACGAUUUGAGCAGCGCCUCCAGGAGCUCAGGGAGAAGGCAUCGCAGAAUGCAGCUGGUGCAGCACGCACUUCUCCUACGAAGCAGCGUAGCUCUCAUGUCCGGGCCUUGUUUGACUAUGAUAAGAAUGUAGACAUUGGGUGUGGACAAGGGGAAGGACUCAGCUUCCGCCACGGUGAUAUCCUCUACUUGCUCAAUGCCGGAGAGGGUGAAUGGUGGACGGCUAGGCGCGUCAACCCCGAGACGGGAGAGCCCGAAGGACAGACUGGAGCCGUUCCAAGCCGAAAGAGGGUUGAGAAGAAAGAGCGCCAGAAGAACAAGGGCAAGAAGUUCCGCGGUGGUGGCGGGUCAUCAACUGCCGGUGACGACAAAACAGACCCUGCACCAUCCAGUGGAAGUGGUGUCAAGCGAAAGAGAAGCUUCAUCUUCUCCAAGCGUCUGCCGUUCUUCAAGAAGCAGGAAAAAGAAAACAAGAAGGCCGAAGGAGAUGGUGAGGAGCCUGUACUUAGCUAUGAAGAUGUGCGGAUGGAGGAGAUCAACUACAAGCGGCCCAUCGUUAUUCUCGGCCCGCUCAAGGACCGCAUUAACGAUGACCUUAUUCAGGAAUUCCCGGAGAAGUUUGGCAGCUGUGUGCCCCAUACGACUAGAAACCGGAGAGAUUACGAAGUGGAUGGACGCGACUACCAUUUUGUUGAAUCUCGGGAGCAGAUGGAGCGCGAUAUUCAGAACCAUUUGUUCAUCGAAGCCGGCCAGUACAAUGAUAACCUGUACGGUACUAGUGUGGCGGCCGUGAAGGAAGUUGCCAUCAACGAGCAAAAGCACUGUGUACUGGAUGUGAGUGGCUAUGCCAUUCGGCGACUGCAAGUUGCCUCGCUACAACCAAUCGCCAUCUUCCUCAAGCCAGGAUCUGCCGAUGCUAUUCUCAACCAAGCCCGUCGGAUUAAGCCAGAGCAAGCCCAGAAGACAUACGAGAGAGCACUGAAACUCGGCGAGGAGUUUGCUGAAUACUUCACAGCCAUCGUUGAGCCUGGCUCGCCCGAAGACAUGUACGCCAAUGUCAAGCGAGUUGUCCGCCAGCAUGGAAACAACAGGAUAUGGGUGCCGACGCGCGAGCGAUAAAGAUGGCAUCUCGAACAGCAUUGUAACUGAGGCUAUGCCAUUAUGCUGAAGUCAAAUUUAAUUCAAACAACACUAUGACCUGCUUCCCACCGGAGCUUUAUCUGCCAUCGACGACUUUCUGAGCAGCACUAGCACCACAUGCAUCUCAUUUGGUGUGAGAAGACUGGGUGGAGACAUGCAUGAUGCGUGCAGGGUCACCGCUCAGAGGACAAACACAGCUAGAGUAGAGAGCCCUGCAUUUUCCCUGACCAGUCCCCCCGAUCGUCAUUUUUUUCGUUUAGAUUACUGCAAACACGGCUGAGAGCAAAGUUAGCGAUCACACACGUGCACACACACACACACACACACACACACACACACACACACACACACACACACACACACACACACACACACACACAUCUCUUUAUACGAUCCCAUGAAGCUGCAACACCCAGGAUUCUUGUUACUCAACGGCCCAGUCACUGUCUUACUUCACAUCGAGCACACAUGCUUGUGUUGUACUGUCUAUUUUCUGCCCUAGGAUACACAACCUGGGGUGGUGUGCAUUAGUUGUUGACAAAUACCUCAGGUCAAGCUCGGCUCUGCUGUAUAUGUUUUUGAUCUACUUUUCGUUCUUGUUUUCCUGCCUUGCUGUUUUGUUUUGUGCACACUGGCAUGUUUCAUAUAUCGAGAACACCUUGUUUUGCUCCUGAAAUUUGUUCUCAACUUGUUUUUUGUUGUAUAGACGUGCACCCUUGUUUAAUGGUGUGAGGCACACUCUGAAUAAUUUGUCUGCGACACAAGUGUUAGUGUUGGGCAUUGCUGGCUAUGCUUGCUUCUGCUGACUUGUCAACAUGUGUGACCCUGGUGUGUAUGUACGGCACUAUAGGUCAUUCGUGUUUUCCGUGGUUGA